AUGGACGCCUCGCGCAAGGCAUCACACAACCUCUUCGAGGUCUACCUGCGGCUGCGCCCGCCGCCCUCGCAUAACACCAACACAGAGCGUAUCCUCAAUGUUGAGGAAGCGGAGCAGGACUCCCAUGCGACGCACAUCACACUGAAUCCCCCGACGGACCGGCGGAGAGCCAUCGAGAAGUUUGCUUUUACUCGAGUGUUUGAGGAGGAAGCGACCCAGCUCGAUGUCUUCCACUGCACCGAUAUUGUGUCGUUUGUUGAGGGCGUGUUGGCUCCUCAGGGAGGAGAGGGAACAGAUGCUGUUGUGGCCACAUUGGGCGUCACUGGCUCGGGCAAGACUCACACUAUCUUGGGCAACAAGACACAGCGAGGCUUGACCCAGCUGACGAUGGAUGUUUUGUUCCGAUCGAUUGGCGAAAACAUGGUCGAUUCCCACUCCGUCUAUGCCGCCCAGGACUCCCUCCAGGCAAGCGACGCCUCCGAGUCGGCUCUGACUGUCGCGUCUCACUUCUUCGAUCCUCCAUAUGCCGAAUCUCUCGCGGCGUCAAGGGCAGGCUCGCGCGCCGGCACACCUAUGUUUGUACGAACCCAGAACUCGAUCCUUUCUUUUGUCAAGUCCCCAGGUCGCCAAGUCUCGAAGCUGGUGGGAAACAUGCCCGGCGCGUUCCCAUGCGAUUCAGUUGCGACAAGUCCGAAAAGUGAUCGCUCCCCAGAGCGCGAGAGACGACCUCUCGGCAGCCUCAUCACUUCGACCAGCACUAUGAACUGCCUUACUCCCAAGCGGGCUCGAACUAGGCAUUUCAUGUCCCUAACUGCCGCCAGCCGUGUUAAGAAUGUUGCUAAACAAGAUCUCAAGGGCGAUCAUAGUAUGAUGUCUCCUCCACCUCGACGAAACGCGGCCCGAACCUCGGCACUCCCUCAGUUACCCGACGUUAGCGGAAUCAACGUGCCUUGUGACCCAUCGGCCGAGUACGUGAUUGUCAUCUCCAUGUAUGAGGUGCACAACGACCGCAUCUACGAUCUUCUCACUCCCCCUAGCAAGUCCGGCGCCACCAAGGAGUUGCGUCGCCGUCCCUUGCUUUUCAAGUCUACUGAGCUGUCUCCGGACCGCAAGGUUGUUGCUGGCCUGCGAAAGGUCAUUUGCACCACCUAUGCCGAGGCUCUGACUGUUAUUGAGACUGGUCUUCAAGAGCGCCGAGUUGCCGGCACUGGCAGCAACAGCGUCUCAAGCAGAAGUCAUGGCUUCUUCUGUUUCGAGGUCAAGAAGAGGACUCGCAGCAGGAGACCUGGUCCUUGGGAGGGAAACCGGUUCACCAUUGUUGAUCUGGCGGGAAGUGAGCGAGCUCGAGAGGCCAAGACAGCUGGUGCCACGCUUGCAGAGGCUGGCAAGAUCAACGAGAGUUUGAUGUACCUUGGCCAAUGUCUCCAGACACAAAGCGAGGCUGCCAGCUCGAGCAAGCCCAACAUUGUCCCAUUCAGACAGUGCAAGCUCACCGAACUUCUCUUCUCCAACUCAUUCCCAUCCUCUUCUACUACUCCUCAUGCUCAUGCUCCUCGACGAAAUCCUCAGAGAGGUGUCAUGAUCAUCACAGCUGACCCUCGAGGUGACUUCAAUGCCACCUCCCAGAUCCUGCGAUACAGUGCUCUUGCUCGCGAGGUUACGGUGCCACGCAUCCCCUCUAUCACGGCCACUAUCCUGGCUCAUCCACCCCCCAAAACGGCCACCCGUUCGCCCAGCCCAGUGCAUCACCAUACCCGGCCAUUCAUGCCUCCUGGUUCGGGUUCGUUUAGAAACUACACCCCUCCCAUGAGCUCCGAUGAGCGUCAGACCAUGGAGAUUGCUGCCCUGGAGAUCGCCCGACUUAGUGAUGAGACCGAUCAGCUGCGGGAGGAGGUCGACCGCCAGACGGAAGCACGUAUUUCUGCUGAGGCUCAUCUGCUCAGCAUGGAAGAACGCAUGCUUGAUAUGGAAGCGGCUAUUCGUGAAGACUGUGCUGCCGAGUUUGAGCAGCGCCUUGCCAUGGAGAUGGCCAGGUGGAAGGCUUCUAUGGCACUUGAGCAGGAGCGUAAUGAAGAGCACUGGGAUCGCAAGGUUGAGAUCCUUGAGCGUGGUCUUGCUCCUGACGAUUCCGACUAUGACAAGGAGAACGUUCUAAUCGAGGAUCUGGAGGAAGAGGUUGAGAGACUUCGCCAUGAGAACGGCAUCCUGAAGCGUGAGCUCGCCUCGCGCAGCCCCAGCAAGCGGAGACCCCUUGGGGAACGCGAGGACUUUGCCCCGGCCGCAAAGACGUCCAAGACAGACGGCGUCUCUAACCUUGGACGCAAGCUGGAGCGCAUGCGCGUUAGCAACGACACUGCGCGCCCAGCAGCCGUCACGAACGGAAGUCCCACCAAGAAGAUUCGCAAGUUGGGGGCGAAGCGGUGGGAGGACCACGACGAGCUGGAGUAG